AUGGGGUUAAAAAUUGAUAAAUGGAAACUCCAGGGGAGACCUCAGAUUGAGAUUUCCCUUACUUACCCGGCCCCGGAAUCCGAGGCCGGCUGGGAGCGACCGCGCUCAAGGCCCCGAAGCGGCUCGGGCCAACGCGAGCCGGUCCGGGGCCCUUUACGGAACCCGCGCGGGCCGAGCGGAGCGGAGCGUGCACGUGCGCGUCUCCCGGGCGCUCACAGCGCCGCCCGGCAGCCUGCGCCGCCAGCGCCACUGGGAAGUGAAACGCGGGGCUGGGCGGCGGCCUCCUCCGAGCGGCCCGAAAAAAUCGGCGGCUUGUUCAGAUUUAAAAAACAAACAAACAAAAGAAAGAAAGAGAGCGAGAAGGAAGGUGAGAGAAAGGAAGCGAGGAAGAAGAAAGGGAGAGGUUUUCAACUAGACGGCGGGCCCCCUCCCGGAGGCUGGCUGGGGUCUGCGGUACCGCCGCUCGGCUCGGACGCCGGCUGGGGAUUUCCCCGUAAUAACGGACGAAACUUCGGAGUCAACAGGCUGUGGAGGAAAGAAAAAAAGGUUGGUCAUAACUUUACUUCCAAGGAGCAAGCAACACCUUCCCGCAGAACUCACGUGGGGAAUUUAAGCAAUAAUGGUCAAGCAAUAAACAAAACGUGGACAAUGUGGCUGUGCCAGAUCCUACCAGUUUACUGGAAAAAAAAAAAAAAGAUGUGAGAUUUGAGGGGGAAGAAUAUGGAGUUCUGCCUCUCACCUACUCGAUGGACAUAAGUUUGAGUAAACUUCAGGAGUUGGUGAUGGACAGGGAGGCCUGGCGUGCUGCGAUUCAUUGGGUUGCAAAGAGUCGGACACGACGGAAUGACUGAACUGAACUGAACUGAAAACCAAACUAAUUGCACUCAUCUCACACGCUAGUAAAGUAGUGCUCAAAAUUCUCCAAGCUAGGCUUCAGCAAUACAUGAACCGUGAACUUCCACAUGUUCAAGCUGGAUUUAGAAAAGGCAGAGGAACCAGAGAUCAAAAUGCCAACAUCUGCUGGAUCAUUGAAAAAGCAAGGGAGUUUCAGAAAAACAUCAAUUUCUGCUUUAUUGACUAUGCCAAAGCCUUUGACUGUGUGGAUCACAAUAAACUGUGGAAAACUCUGAAGGAGAUGGGAAUACCAGACCACCUGACCUGCCUCUUGAGAAACCUAUAUGCAGGUCAGGAAGCAACAGUUAGAACUGGACAUGGAACAACAGACUGGUUCCAAAUAGGAAAAGGAGUACGUCAAGGCUGUAUCUUGUCACCCUGCUUAUUUAACUUAUAUGCAGAGUACAUCAUGAGAAAUGCUGGGCUGGAAGAAGCACAAGCUGGACUCAAGAUUGCUGGGAGAGAUAUCAAUAACCUCAGAUAUGCAGAUGACACCACCCUUAUGGCAGAAAGUGAAGAGGAACUAAAACGCCUCUUGAU